AUGGGCUAUAGUUUUGGCCUCAUGCUGUUACUAGAAGAGCUUUGUGCCUUGGCUGAAGAUGUUUGGGGACAAACUCUGCAACUACCGUUAUCAAAUGCUUUCUUGGAUAGCAGUACUCGAAAACCGAGCCACGAAGAGACAUCUUCCGUGCCUGCAGGUACCAAUAACUGGUCGAACAGUUGGUGUUCGGAUCUUCUAUUUCGAUCAGAACCCAUCCGUAUGCGUCUGGAGUCAUGGAAGCCCACAAUAUCCAGCAAGCAUCCGUAUCGGUCAUCACGUAAGUUCGCAUCGAAAGACAGUAACGAACAGAAAAAUUCGUCCAAGGAAGGGUUUGGAAAGAGAAACACGAAGGAACUGGAGUUGGAUGAUUCUAGCGCAGACAUUUCCGGAAGAAUGUUUGCCAAUAUGAUUUCGAAGCCUACAUAG